CAGGCCUUAACAGGUCCAGGACCAGUCUCGAACAUCGAUUUUGUGACCAGAGACCAGCCAGUCCGUUCGGUAAGAAGCCCUACUUCUCAAUCUAUGCUGUACAUUUAAACAAACGACUUGAAUUGCCUACGUUCACAAAACUACUUUAUAAUAACUGAUAUAAAUGUCCCAAGCAGAUAUAGGCAUCAAUAAGGAGGUACCAAAUCUGAAACAACACUCAACAGUAACAGAAAAUAAGCAAAAUACAGGGUACGCAAAAAGGGAAAAGACUGCCUGCGAGUCCCCGAACUCAAGUCCUAGUUUUGGCUUGAAGAAACCUUCUGCCAAAUUGAUGGCUGCUUAAAACCUGGACAUAUAAGGUCACAAAUUACAACCUGGAUCAGUAACUCAGAUAACAAAUAAUCAGCAAAUUCAACAUCUCAAAGAAAUCGUUUAUGCUCUCCUCAACUAGAAGUGAAAAAGUGGCUGGUAUGGUGUAGAACUUGUACCUGCAGCCAGUAUUUUCGUUAAGAUAAUAACCCAAAAAUAUUCAAACACAACACUAGGUUAUUCCUCAUCAAUAGCUAUGAAGUUUUAAACAGCCCACAUUACCCUAUCAAGGUUCACAUUAGACGCCACUAAACUAGUAUAACUAAUGAUAGAAGAUAGGAAAUUCCAUCUGUCCAUUCAGAAAAUCAAAUUGUAGAAGUCAAAAAAAAGUAAACUCAAUUUUUUAUU